UCAAAACAUUGCUUCGUCGAUUUGAUGCAUGCAGCGAUAUGCGGCAACGAACUCAAACAUCAUUAUUUUCUAUAGUUUCUCUUUUUAUCUGCGUCAGAUGCUUUAAUCCUUUUGACGAGGGUCAAUAUGAUAUAAAUUGGGGUGGACCGGUAUCACUGCGUGAGGGACAAGUCACAACGAAUGGCGAGGAUUAUCUAAGCAAUAGAGAGUCAGUGAUAAUGAUAACGAAGGAUAACGAGAAAUACAGAUGUAUAUUACCUAAAGAUGAAACACUAAAUGAGAAAAAAUAUCUCUACAAUGAACCAGAUCCAGGGAUACUUUUGGAGUCUCUACUAAGGAGGGGAGAGUGCUCAUACAGGUUAGAUACAUAUUGGACAUAUGAGCUCUGUCAUGGAAGACAUGUGAAACAGUUCCACGAGCUUAAAGCUGGUGUACAGGUUCCCACACGCAAAAUCAACGGUCAAGUAUUUCCGUACUACAAAGUGGUCAUGGACAAUGGCACUGCCUGUGAUCUGCUUGGAAAUAAACCCCGCACAACCAAUGUAAUUUACAUGUGUGCACCGAGGUCUAGUAACGAGAUUAUUUCUGUCAAAGAGAUUCAUACUUGUCACUACGAGGUUGAAGUGUUAACGCCACUUAUUUGUGCCAACCCAGCAUACAGCUAUCGUGAGAAGCCUGUGCAUCACAUAAGUUGCCACUCGUUGGACGGUUCGCCUGAUGAGCCCAAAAGUUAUUCUGAAUUGAUGGACGAGAAAUUCGGUGUUGAGGGAUUCAUGCCUCCAGAAGACGAUGACAAGUCACCAGUUCCAGUAGAUGAACACAGAAACAUGUUACCCCAGCCUGAUAACCUGCUGACUGCAUCAUUCCUAAGUGGAGAGUAUUGUCUUGUUGGUGGAGGGUCUGGCUGGUGGAAAUUUGAAUUUUGUUACGGGAAACAAGUCACGCAGUUUCACCAAGAGGCAAAUGGUCCCAGGAUAAAUAUACUUCUCGGAAAAUGGGUGAAAGAGGCUCAUAUCAGCUGGAAGAAAGAUAAAUGGGCGGGUGACGGGUACACCGAUCAUUUUUAUAGUGGAGGGGACGUUUGCGACCUAACUGGAAAGCCAAGAAAUGUUAAAGUUAGAUUAAAAUGUAAGGAGUCGACACAUCUUCAAGAAGUUGCUCUUUCUUUAACGGAGCCAAGCGCGUGUGAAUAUAUUCUAAGGGUUGAAUCUCCAAUUAUUUGUCCUCUCCUGGAAAAGGUGGAUGAACAUGGAUUAUUUCAAGUGGAAAAUUUGUGAAAAUACCUCGAGACUUCUGCCGUAGAACGUUCUCACCUGGAAAUGUUACCAAAGCUCUUUUUGUGAAAAUUUAAGGAAGAUAUACAAAUUUUUUAUCCUUCAAAAUUCAGAUUGCCCUGUUUUUAGGGCUAAAAUAUCAAGUAUUUAAAACCAUUGCAUUGGGAUUAGACUCAGAAGCUGGUGUUCAUGAGGAACCAACUUCGGAAGAAGUCUGAUACUUCGCUUGGUCGGCUUGGCCGCCCCCAUUUUUAUGAAGCUCUAACUUUACAUAUAGCCUGGAAGGGUGCAUAAUGGUACUAUACUGAAAAGAGGGUACUUAAUGCAUUUUGACGAAAUUUACCCAAACUUACGUUAAGCAGGUUUUCUCGUCAAGUGUCCCAGAAACCGUGGUAUUCCUCGGCGCUUUGCGAGAAUAGAACUGUGUUGUGCCUGGUUUCUACGUUUCUUGUCACAAUAUGCUGAAAAUUGCAGGGAACUGCUAAAUAUUAUCAAGACAAGAGAGGCAAUGUUAGUAUGAAGAAGGAGUGAUUUCUUAGGAUAGAGAAGAUUAAGCGCUUUAUAAAUACUUAGCCUUAAGUGUUAAAGGUAUUUUGUUUUUUUGUUUUUGAUUUGUUGUUGUUGUUGUUGUUGUUGUUAUUAUUAUUAUUAUUAUUAUUAUUA